CCAGCCAUGUGCUCGGUAAGCGAGGCCAGCAGCACGGAACCCUUGGUGGCCCGCUUCAAACAGGUGGAGGAAACGCUGGAGAAGCUGCACCGGGAAAACAGGAGCUUGAAGAACAAAGUGCCUCGGUACAAUGCACUCUGCACCUUGUAUCACGAGUCGGCACAGCAGCUGAAGCAGCUCCAGCUGCAGCUGGCCGCCAAGGAGGCGACGAUCCGGGAGCUGCGGGGCAGCCUGGCCCGGCAGCAGCAAGCGGGCGGCGAGGCAGGGACGGCGAGCGCGGAGCCGGCUCGCUCGCUGGUGGAGAGCCUGCUGGAGCAGCUGGACCAGGCCAGAGAGCGCCUCAGGGACAGCGAGAGGCUCUCAGCCAAAAGAGUGGAAGCUCUCAGCCAGGAAGUACAGAAGUUGAAUCAGCAACUAGAAGAGAAAAACAGAGAGAUACAGCAGAUGAUAAAUCAGCCUCCCUAUGAAAAGGAGAGAGAAAUCUUAAAACUCCAGAAAAGCCUGGCAGAGAGGGAGAAGGCUCAGGCCACCAGCGAUGUUUUGUGUCGUUCGCUUGCUGACGAAGCUCACCAACUCCAACGCAAGUUAGCAGCCACAGCAGAAAUGUGUCAACACCUGGCCAAAUGUCUGGAAGAGAAACAAAGAAAAGAGAAGGGGAAUUCAGAUGACCAGAUAGCUACAGAAAGAUCUAACCAGCUUUCAGACAGUGAAACUUCACUUCAAGCUCUUAUUUGCAACCUACAAGAUGAAAACAGGAUAUUAAAACAAAAAGUAGCUCAUGUGGAAGACUUGAACGCCAAAUGGCAGAGGUAUGACGCAAGCAGGGAUGAGUACGUGAAGAGACUCCACUUGCAACUAAAGGAGAUGAAGUCCCAGCUUGAGCAGCAGCACGGAGUGACUUCGGCACAAGCCAGUUCUGACCUGAUGCACAAAGAGAUAUUCCGGUUAAACAAGCUGUUGGAAGAAAAAAUAAAGGAAUGCGUAAAAACAAAGAGAGAGUUGGAAGAUGUGAAGAAAGCUAGUGAAGGAGACACUGAGCGCAUACAAAUGCUGGAACAACAGGUCCUAGUUUAUAAAGAUGAUUUCACAUCUGAGAGGUCAGACCGAGAACGAGCACAGAGCAAAAUACAAGAGCUACAGGCAGAGGUUGCAUGCCUGCAACACCAGCUAGCAAGAAGACAGGACUCAAGAGAUACAAGUAGUCAUUUCAGAGGGCACACUGGCAACCAAAAUCGUAUGUACCCACAGAAGAACGUUGAACACCUGCAAGGCAACAGCCCAGGCCAAACGGGCAUGAGAAGAACAUCUUCACAGUCUGAACAAGCUUCUCCUCCUGUGGACAAUGGAAACUCAGGAUCUGAGGGCAGGGCACAGGGUGAACUUAGAUGUCCUCAUUGUAUGAGGUUUUUCAGGGAUGAACUCAGUGAUGAAUUCCUCAAGCAUGUUACUGAAUGUUGUCAGUGACCAU